AUGGAAAAGGAGCACCAACCAGACUCCAUGGCAACCAUCACCAUGAAACCGGAAUACCCACCAUCAGAAGUGUAUAGCACGUCGGAACCCCCACCGGCGUACAGACAGCGAGUGUCAUCAUCUGUACAAAUAGCUCGGAUCGCGGCGCUGACGGUGGUAGCAGCCUCAUUCAUCCUGGGAGCGUUCAUCCUCGCCUCCAGCUGGGUGUCGGCACGCGCCUCAUGCCACCAGCUCGAACAACUAGAUGCUAUGCUCGACAAAGAACUGGCUCUAGAAGGACGAGCGUACGGAAACGACGCCUUACUCGCGGACGAGCCUUUACCGAUAAACAACGCGCACGCGCUGCACGGCGUGCCUCCGUCGUCUGCAGCUCCGGAGACGUCUGCGGCGCCCGCGCAGCCCAGCGAACCGGCGCCAGUCCCCGCCAACCAGCUCAAAGAUGACGCACUCAACCACGCCGAGUCUAAGAUUGACGAAGACAAAUUACAGAAAAUUGACGAUGUCAAUGACGCGCCGAAUUCCGUGAGUGAUGACAGCUCGGAGUCUGACAGCUCCGCGGAAGAGGAGGACGAGCUCGACGCCGUCAGGCCCAUGCUCAAGCUGCCCAUACAGUUCGACCUCGAUGAGCUUGCUGGAGCCUUCCUUGCUAACAACCAAAAAGGUCGCAUGAACUGUGUUGUUGAGAGGCGCCAUGACGAUCCAAUGGAGAGACGAUUCCCCUUCAACAUCCUCGGCGCGUUUGCACCUCGUAGCGCGCACGCAGAGCGCAUCGCCAUCAUUUGCCACGGAGGAGACGAACCUAGGCCAAUGAACUUCCCAGAGCCGCAGUCACAGGUGUUCGCGUUCCCCCUGACUGGUCCAGUACGUCUGCCUCUUCGCCCACAGCCUGAACAUGCGCCCGCGCCGCCUUCAGUCGGCCCCGCGCCCCCCGCACCACGCAUGUCUCCUUUCGCGACCCUGUCUCACAGACAACCACCUUUCCCCCUACCCAUGCCUUGGGACGCUUCUGAGGAGCAAAUGGGUGGACCCCGUGAGAUGCGCAUCCAUGUCCAGCGCGUGAUCGCCAUCCCCGCGCCGCACAACAUGCCGCCACCACCAGAGACCAUGGGACCUUUCGCACCUCCCCCACCCCCGCCGCCCCAGGGCCAUGACCAGAAUGAACAAUCCACCGUUCUUCACCAGUUCGUUCCUCAAUCAGCUCCCACUCAAGAGCUCGACCAGCCAGAGUCCUUGAUGCAGGUCCAGAAGAUCCCAAUGGACGGUGGCGCGGUCCAGAUGAACUUGCCCUGGAACUUGAGCCCUGCGGAGCUGCACAUGAUACACCGUACCGCCGAGGACGCCGCCGCCAACCAGCGCCAUGAACAGCAGAUCGACAAUGACAUGCAGGAGGUGAAGACCAUCGUCAAGACGUUGGCAGCUGCAGCGGAGGCCGAGGCCGAGGCGGAAGCGCGUGCGCAGGCUGAGGAGCAGCAGAACGAGCCAAGACCUGACCUCGCGCACUCCCCCCGCGCACCCCGCACCCUGCUCCUGCCUCAGGACAUGCCCUCUGACGAGAGGCCACACUAUUUGCAGCCUCGCUCAGUUCGUAGCGUAGACGCUUUGGUGAACAGCGAAAAGCGCGUGAAGCGUUGCGCGUGCAGCUGCGGCAACUAG